UCACAGCAUCGCAGCCAGGGAGAGCGAGGAGAGAGGCGAGCGUCAGCGAGAGAGAGAGAGAGCGAGAAAGAGAGAAAGAGAGAAGGGGGGAGCAAAGUGUUCGUUCGCCGCCGAAUGUCCGCCUCCCGGAGCCGCCAAUGAACCAGCCUCUAUUCCUUGUGUGCGCCGCUUGACAACUCUCCAGCCCAGCCGCAGGCUCCGAGGCGUCCGUCCCGAUCCACGGGUCCCACCAGCCGGGAAGGCGGGCGGGAGGGGGGCGCUGCGCGUUUUUUCAGGAUCACCUGACAUUCCCUGUGGCAGACUGACUUGUGGUGGACCAUCAUGGCGCAGACCAACAGCGGCGGGCAGGGGACCAACGGGGUAGCGGACGAGUCCCCCAAUAUGAUCGUAUACAGAAAGAUGGAAGAAGUCAUAGCGCGCAUGCAGGACGAGAAAAAUGGCAUCCCGAUCCGAACAGUGAAAAGUUUCCUCACCAAGAUCCCAAGUGUUUUUUCAGGUUCAGAUAUCGUACAGUGGAUGAUCAAGAAUCUAGACAUUGAAGAUCAAGUUGAGGCUCUUCACCUCGGAACACUGAUGGCCGCACACGGAUACUUCUUUCCCAUCUCAGACCACGUCCUCACUCUCAAAGAUGAUGGCACUUUCUAUAGGUUUCAGACUCCAUACUUUUGGCCAUCAAACUGCUGGGAACCAGAAAACACAGACUAUGCUGUUUACCUCUGCAAAAGAACAAUGCAAAACAAAGCACGUCUGGAGCUUGCAGACUACGAGGCAGAGAGCUUAGCAAGGCUACAGAGAGCAUUCGCCAGGAAAUGGGAGUUCAUUUUUAUGCAAGCAGAAGCACAAGCAAAGGUGGAUAAGAAAAGGGACAAAAUUGAGAGGAAAAUUCUGGACAGUCAGGAAAGAGCUUUCUGGGACGUGCACAGACCAGUGCCUGGAUGUGUGAAUACAACAGAAGUCGACAUCAAGAAGUCCUCCAGAAUGAAAAAUCCACACAAAACCCGAAAGUCGGUGUACGGCCUGCAGAAUGAUAUCCGUGCACACAGCCCGACCCACACCCCCGCCCCGGAGGCCAAGCAGCCAACAGAGGAGGAGUUGCAGGAGCAGAUCACAUUCUGGCAAUUGCAAUUAGACCGACAUCGACUGAAAAUGUCCAAAGUGGCGGAGAGUUUGCUGGCCUACACGGAGCAGUACAUCGAAUACGACCCCUUCCUCACGCCCCCGGAUCCAUCCAACCCCUGGAUCACAGACGACACCACGCUGUGGGAGCUGGAAGCAAGUAAGGAGCCCGGCCAGCAGAGGGUAAAGAGGUGGGCUUUCGGCAUCGACGAGGUUCUCAAAGAUCCAGUGGGGAGAGAACAGUUCCUCAAGUUUCUGGAGUCUGAGUUCAGCUCUGAGAAUCUCAGGUUCUGGCUAGCGGUACAAGAACUCAAGAAACGCCCCAUCAGAGAAGUUCCCAGUCGGGUUCAGGAGAUCUGGCAAGAGUUUUUGGCUCCGGGCGCUCCCAGUGCCAUCAACGUGGACUCCAAGAGCUACGAUAAAACCACCCAGAAUGUCAAAGACCCCGGACGCUAUGCCUUUGAAGACGCACAGGAACACAUCUAUAAACUGAUGAAGAGUGAUUCUUACAGCCGCUUCAUUCGUUCCAGUGCCUAUCAAGAGCUAUUGCAGGCCAAGAAAAAGAAGAGUAAGAACCUCUUCUGAAAGCGUUUUCUUCCAGGAGAGACCCCCCAGGAUCCAAGCGGUGGAGCAGCGGUGUGCCAUCAUGCUAAAAAAAAACAAACAAAAAAAAAACACACAAAAGAAAAUCAAUGCCAUCUCUCUCUGGGACAUGGAGAGCAGCCAUCGUCAUCAUCUCUCCAUCAUUGUCUAGACACCCACUCCGGGCCCCAGCCGGGGGGGGGAAACAAGCCGGGCCCGUCUGUUCGUCCAGUUUGUUUGUCCAGCAGCCAUUGCACGUCCACAGAGACAGAGAUGCUCCGUCUCCUCUUCUUACAGCAACUGACAUUAUAAGAUUACUUUAAAGGAGAAAAAAAAAAGAAUAAAAUAAGAAGCAUCGCUGGACUGUGUGGGGACGCCGGAGAGGCCAAAUGUUCUCUGCUCCUUUACUGCUGGGUGGAGACCUUCUUUCAUGAUGUCAGAGAGACAGAAAUACAACGAAAUAAAACACACACGUAAAAAAAAAAUAAGCUUAAAAUGAUCAAUCCUAGCCAAUGGGAAAGUGUUGUGCAGAAUGAAUAUACUAUAUAUAUGUAUAUAUACACAUAUAUACAUAUAUAUACAUAUAUAUAUAUGUAUCUACAACUAUAUUACUAUGAUUGUUUAGUGUGUGUUUACUUUUUCGGCUUUGCGUUAUUUUUUUAUUGCACUACAAUAAUCUAAUCAGCACAUUAUUGGUUUCCAUUGCACACAAGUAAGUAAAGUCACAUCCUAUCAGGAGGAUACUUAACCGUAUGCCGUACGAUGUAAAACAUACCUCUAUGUUUUUUUUUUCUCUGCAUUUAUUUUUAUACCAUAUUUAAGGACACUUUGACUUACUUGUAUUAUUAAAGUCGGCCCUCUGUCUGUUA